AUGAGUUCACAUAGCAGGAGCAGUAGCAGAAGCCAGGGUAUGAGUCGGAGCCGUAGCCGGAGUAGGAGUCCCAGAGAUCGCAGAUUCCGAUCUCGGCAUGAUUCCUAUCGUGAUGGGCCUUACAGGAGAGAGACACAUCGUGAUCGUGAUCGUGGUUUCAGCCAAACGAAUGUGUGCCAUAAUUGCAAGCGGGCUGGUCAUUUUGCAAGAGAAUGCCCCAAUGCUGCCGUUUGUAACAACUGUGGUCUUCCUGGGCAUGUUGCAUCUGAGUGCACCUCACAGCUGCAGUGCUGGAAUUGUCGUGAACCUGGGCAUGUAGCAAGCAACUGUCCAAAUGAGGGCAUCUGCCAUGCAUGUGGCAGGUCUGGACAUCGUGCCAAAGAUUGCCCAAAUCCUGAACCAUCACCUGGAGAUGUGAGGUUGUGCAACAAUUGCUAUAAGCCAGGGCAUUUUGCUGCUGAGUGCACAAAUGAUAAAGCAUGUAAGAACUGCAGGAAAACUGGCCACAUGGCACGUGAUUGCCAGAAUGAGCCCGUCUGCAACUUGUGCAACAUUGCUGGGCAUGUGGCAAGGCAAUGCUCGAAGGGAAAUAGUUUUCCAGAUAGAGGAGGUUGGGGUCGUAACAGCAGUUAUCGGGAUGUGAUCUGCCGUACAUGCAAUCAAGUGGGCCACAUGAGCAGGGACUGUAUGGGUCCCAUGAUUAUCUGCCACAAUUGUGGUGGGAGGGGCCACAGGGCGAUUGAGUGCCCAUCAGGGAGAAUACCCUUCCGAAGUUCUGGAUCAAGCGGGGUCCAAAAUCUAGCUGUCAAACUGUCAGAGAAGUAG